AUGCCUUCAGAUGCUGCUAAAAAGCGCCAGCAGCAAAAGGCCAAGAAGCUAGCAGCCAAAGGAGGGGGGAAGAGUAAAGGAUCAGUGGGUGGGGCCUCAUUGGAACCAGCAGGAGCUGGUUCAACAUCACAUAGAUCAACUACCAGCGUACUGACGUCACACCCACUGUCACGUGAUCUACACAUUGAGAGUCUAUCACUGACCUUUCAUGGAGCCGAGUUACUGUCCGACGCUAAAUUAGAAUUGAAUUGUGGGCGGAGAUACGGACUGGUGGGGUUGAAUGGAAGUGUGUCUACCGACACAAGAACUUGUAUUCAUAUUGGAAAAGUGUAA